AUGACAGAGACAGAAGGACAGGCUGUGAAAAAGAGGAGGGCAGCCACUGCCCGUCGGCAGCAUCUGAAGAGUGCUAUGCUCCAGCUUGCUGUCACUGAAAUAGAAAAAGAAGCAGCUGCUAAAGAAGUGGAGAAGCAAAACUACCUGGCAGAACAUUGCCCUCCUCUGUCACUCCCAGGAUCCAUGCAGGAACUUCAGGAGCUGUGCAAAAAGCUUCAUGCCAAGAUAGAGUCAGUGGAUGAGGAGAGGUAUGACACAGAGGUGAAGCUACAGAAGACUACAAAGGAGCUGGAAGACUUGAGCCAGAAACUCUUUGACCUGCGUGGCAAGUUCAAGCGGCCGCCGCUGCGCAGGGUACGCAUGUCGGCUGACGCCAUGCUGCGGGCCCUGCUGGGCUCCAAGCACAAGGUCUGCAUGGACCUCCGAGCCAACCUGAAGCAAGUGAAGAAGGAGGACACUGAGAAGGAGAAGGAUCUCCGUGAUGUCGGUGACUGGAGGAAGAACAUUGAGGAGAAGUCCGGCAUGGAGGGCAGAAAGAAGAUGUUUGAGGCUGGCGAGUCCUAAGCACCUGCAUCUCCACAGCUGUCCUCCUCUCUCCGCUGUCCCUGCUGCCCCGCCAGGCUCAGGGGCGCUGACUGGGUGCCAUUUCUCUCUAGUUUUGUGAAGAGCUGCAUCAUGGCAGCAGUGAUGUAAAUAAAGCUUUGGUGGGAGA